GGGUGUCGUCCCCUUCCUGGGCAUGUACCUCUAUCACCUGAAGCUGCUGAACAUUGGGAUGGAGGAUGAUCUGGAAGGAAAUCUGGUGAACCUCCAGAAAUGGCGUGAGAAAUGCAAAGUCAUCAGGAGGAUCCAGCUGCUCCAGCAGGCUGCAAAUAAGUAUGACCUGGAGCCCGAAGAGCGAUUUGGGGCCUGGUUCCAGGCCAUGGAACCCCUCAGUGUCGAUGAGAGCUACUGCCUCUCCUGUGGGCUGGAGCCCACACACCAUAAGGCGAGCAAAAUGCGGCUCUUCAAGAGAAAGAACUGGCCAUCCUCCAGUUCAGGGCCUAGUGAGUGUUGGGACCAGCAGCGACUGAAUCCAGGGGCUCAGUAUAUCUUCGGGUUAAGCAUGGGCCUGGAUCCCAGCUCCACUGCUGAUCAGGCUUCCACCGUGCCCUUGGCAAAGAGCCAUAACACUCCAGAGACCACAAGUUCAGCUCCUCCUGAGCAGCGGGGACACUGA